AUGCACUUUCAGGACACACAAUCUGCCGGCCCGGGCGCCGAGCUGCAGCAAAACAAGAACUUCACCAAAAAGUCUUCGAGCCUACCCUUCGGACAAGAUCUCGAUCUUAGCUCUAUCAGCGGGCCAACCUACCUUACCGCGCAGACACUCGUCCAGCAAGUCGCCUACACCCUUUCGGACAAGAUCUUUGCAUACUCGGCCGAGUCUUUCGACUUGGAUGUCGCAGUGAAGUACUGGCAAGAGAAGGGCGAGAAGAAUGCCUUUGGAUAUGAGACAGGUGUUUCUUCGCUAGAGACGCGCACCGGUGCUGGUGCUCUUGCGCUGGGCUACAUUUUCUCCAAGGACUUUGAUCUGAAGAAACGCCACAUCCCUCAGUCGAUUGUCGCGUCUUCUGCCACGCUUCACUACCUCCGCGCCUCGCUCGACCAGCUGUCGCUGCUCUACUCGGUCGCGAACCCGCUUACCGCACACAUCGCCGCGGUCGACUACUCUGCGAACUCGAACGCCGGGUUGGUGACUGACUAUGUCUCCUCCCUCACAUUGGCUGAAGACCUCGGUCUGGGAUUAGUCUGCAGUCCUUCAGUCUUUGAGGCUCAACAUAUGGCACUUUUUGCGACCCUGCUGUCCAGCGUCAUCCCUACAAUUCAUACAUACGAUGGCAUCAGCGUUGGAAGGGAAACCGCACGAUUGGUGGAUACUCUAGACCAGAGCAGGCUCCAUAACAGCUACCAGGCUGUGUUGAAGGCUGUCUCGGAAGUGGACAAGAAGCACUCUGAUCAUGCCGGACGUACCGUCCGCCUGCUCGAAGCCUUCAACGACGAGUUUGGCGAAGACUACAAGCUCUUCGACUACUAUGGCCACCAGGAGCCCGAGAGCGUUCUUGUCGUCUUUGGCACCGUCGAGGCGUCUCUGAGCGCUCAGGUCGCAAACGCCCUGUCCAAGGACGGCGACAAAGUUGGUGUCAUCAACGUUCGUGUGUACCGACCCUUCGUGGAAGAGGCCUUCCUCGAGGCCCUCCCCAAGAGCACCAGUCGCAUCUCUGUGCUCGGCCAAGUCAAAGACGAAGCUGCCGUAUUCGACUCUGCCGAGUUCUCCAAGCUCUACUCUGACGUAUUGGCCACAAUUCAAUUUGCUUUUGACCGAAACAUUGAAGUCACUGACGUCAAGUACUCACGCGAGCAAGUCUGGACCCCAAGCAACAUCUUGGACGUCUUCAGACAAAUCCAUGGCGAGAAGACUCAGAGCGAAGUCCGCUCCCACGUCGAGAUCUUGAACACUGCGGACGUUAAGCAGUACACUUUCUGGAACCUGGACGAAUCACCUGCGUCCACUGCGCCUACUGUGCUUGGAAAACUUUUGUCUUCCGACUCUUCCAAGAAUGUCUUCGUGCGCAACGGUCACGACAAUCUUGUCCAGGGUGGUGUCUCUCGCACUGACAUUCGUAACGCCGACUACACUGUCGAGGCACCCUAUGCUGUCGAGCAGGCCGACAUAGCGUUUGUUGGUGACGUCAGCAUUCUUUCGACCUUCGAUGUUCUCAACGGCGUCAAGCCCGACAGCUCUAUCAUUGUCAAGCUUCCAGGCGUCAAGAAUGAUGACAUUGAGAAGAAGCUCUCGGCAGCCUUCCGCAAGGCACUUGUUGACAAGGAUGUCCAGCUAUUCAUUCUCGACCCUACGCUCUCGGAGGCCGUAGCUGAGGAUGUCGCUCUCGAAUCUUACUUGACCCAGCUAGCAUUCCUCAAGGUCGCUCGCGAGGACCUUCUCUCCUCCGGUCUGUCAAAAUUGGCUGCCAUUAAUGGUAGCUCAGAGAUCUUUGAGAAGCUUGCUCAGCAGCUUGAGAGCGCUCUUCGAGAGGUUGAGGUUCCCGCUGCAUGGGCAACCGUCGAGGAGGAUGUUGAGCCACUUCGUCUUCCUUCUGACAUCAACGUCAACAGCUUUGCUCCUUUCGAUCGCAACGAGGUUGAGCCUCCCACAUUCCUCAAGGACUGGAAGGUUGCCGCCAAGGGCCUUGCGUUCAAGGAGGCUUUCGGCACGGAGACCCUACUACGACCUGACUUGGGCAUCAAGACCGCCGUUGUCACUGUCAAGGAACACCGAAGACUUACACCACCCACCUACGACCGUAACAUCUUUCACAUCGAGUUCGAUCUUGGUAACUCAGGUGUCACCUAUGCCAUUGGCGAAGCCCUUGGCAUCCACGCCGAGAACGACAAGGUGCAGGUCGAGGAGUUCAUCAAAUGGUAUGGUCUCAACCCAGAAGAGGUUGUCGAGGUGCCUUCGCGCGACGAUCCCAACGUCUUGGUCAACCGCACUGUGUACCAGUCCCUGAUGCAGAAUGUCGACAUCUUCGGUCGCCCACCUAAGCGCUUCUACGAGGCCCUUGCCGAGUUCGCCGACGAUGAGCGCGAGAAGCGAGAGCUCCUACAGUUACUCAGUGCCGAGGGCGCAGCGGAGUUCAAGCGCCGGGCCGAAGUCGACACCGUCACCUACGCCGACAUUCUUCUCGAUUUCCCAUCUGCACACCCCUCUUUCCACGAUAUCGUGCGUAUCGUCAGCCCCAUGAAGCGUCGCGAGUACUCCAUCGCUUCGUCCCAGCACGUGACACCCACCUCGGUUUCCCUGCUGAUUGUUACUGUGAACUGGGUCGAUCCUAAGGGCCGUGACCGCUUCGGUCAGGCUACACGCUACCUCAACAGCUUGACUGUUGGUACCCCCGUCACCGUCUCGGUCAAGCCGUCUGUCAUGAAGUUGCCACCCAAGACCACUGCGCCCAUCAUCAUGGCCGGUCUCGGAACCGGUCUCGCUCCCUUCCGCGCUUUUGUCCAAGAGCGCGCCUACCAAAAGCAACAAGGCCACGAAAUUGGCGAAGUGCUUUUGUACAUGGGAUCGCGUCACCAGCGUGAGGAAUAUCUCUACGGUGAAGAGUGGGAAGCUUACCAGGACGCUGGCGUUAUUACGCUCCUUGGUCGUGCCUUCUCGCGUGACCAGUCGCAGAAGAUCUACAUCCAGGACCGCAUGAGGCAAACUCUUAGCGACAUCCGCAGGAGCUAUCUCGAGAACGAGGGAACGUUCUACCUGUGUGGACCCACGUGGCCGGUGCCGGAUGUCACCAACGUUCUCGAGGAGGCAAUCAGCGUGGAGCACAAGGCCAAGCAGCCGAGUGCGAAGAAGGUAGACAGCAGGAAGGAGAUUGACAAGCUGAAGGAUGAGGGCAGGUAUGUGCUUGAGGUUUACUAG